GGCUCUUUGUUUGCGCGGUCGCUUGCCGUUCUUCCCUCCAACCCUCUAGGGCAUACCACACACCAACACUGCGCCAUCUCCAUCUCCCAAUUCCAUGUUUUUCCUCAAUUUCCUUCUCAAUCUCUCUCUGCUAUCGAUUCCAGCUCUUCCUUAGCAGCUGCUCUCUCGCGGGCUCACACUCACGGUUUUGUAUCUGGAGGGAAGCUCUUGGAUUUCGCGAAUUCUGAGAGCUUUGGAUAAGGAAAAUCGUGGUGUUAAUGAGCUUCGUGGAAAGAGUGGAUAAUGCGAAGGAAAUAGCUGUUUUAGUUUAAGGGAGUUGAAUCGAUACAGAAAAUUGGCAUUGUUCUAGGCUAUUGAACAUCAUGUCUGGAUUUCUACCAUUCGAUUCAACACAUCAUAGAACAUCUGAUGGUGGGUCUUCGAAGAGUUCUCAAGACAAGCAAGACGAAGCAGGUCAUUGGUACUUGUCCAGAAAGGAAAUCGAAGAAAAUUCCCCAUCAAGAAGAGAUGGUAUUGACUUGAAGAAGGAGACUUAUUUACGAAAGUCAUACUGCACAUUUUUGCAAGAUCUGGGCAUGAGGCUUAAAGUGCCUCAAGUAACAAUAGCCACAGCUAUAAUAUUCUGUCAUAGAUUCUUUCUUCGUCAGUCCCAUGCAAAGAAUGACAGAAGGACCAUUGCAACUGUCUGUAUGUUCCUUGCUGGGAAGGUUGAAGAGACGCCUCGCCCACUAAAGGAUGUAAUCAUUGUAUCUUAUGAGAUUAUUCACAUGAAAAAUCCUGGUGCUGCCCAGAGGAUCAAGCAGAAGGAAGUUUAUGAGCAACAGAAGGAGUUAAUUUUACUUGGUGAGAGGGUUGUUCUUGCAACCUUAGCUUUUGACCUGAAUAUUCAUCACCCUUACAAGCCACUUGUUGAAGCAAUAAAAAAAUUUAAGGUUGCCCAGAACGCACUAGCUCAAGUCGCAUGGAAUUUCGUCAAUGAUGGGUUGAGAACAUCACUCUGUCUGCAGUUUAAACCCCAUCACAUUGCAGCAGGUGCCAUUUUUCUUGCUGCCAAGUUUCUUAAAGUGAAGCUUCCAUCGGAUGGUGAGAAGGUUUGGUGGCAAGAAUUUGACGUGACCCCUCGCCAAUUGGAGGAGGUUAGCAAUCAAAUGCUAGAACUAUAUGAGCAAAAUCGGGUGCAACCAGCUCAGGGAAGUGAAGUCGAUGGAAGUACUGGUGGCGGUCCGAGUCAUCAUAAUGUAGCAAAAACUACAGCUGAAACUGAGGAACAGACUUCAAAGCAAGUAUCCUCUUGUUCGGCACCUGACCAUUCAUAUGCAGACAAUCAUGGGGUACCUCAAAGAGCUGUCCAGAAUCCUGGUAAGAACAAUGGGACCGCUACAGAGGGGGGUAGUGCCAUUACUUGUCACAAGGUGGACCCAAUAGAUAAUCAUCAAAAUGAUGAAUUGCCUUACAAGGAGAGCAGCAGAGAUAUUUCAGACAGAACAAGGUCUGUAGUAGAGCACGCUGGAGAAGAGAAAGAAAAAAACAGUAGUAGAAGUGAGACUGCGGAAGCUGGAGAAUGGAGGGAUGAUGGUGUAUCUCACAAGUCUAGCAGUCUAGUUGGUCGAAAUGUUGAGGUUCGGGAAGGUCCAGUCGGGCAGUCGCCCAAAGCUAUCAAAAUGAUCGAUAGAGACAAGGUUAAGGCAGCACUUGAGAAAAGAAGAAAAUCACGUGGAGAGAUGUCCAAGAAGAAAGAUGUGAUGGAUGAAGAUGAUCUCAUAGAGAGAGAGCUGGAAGAUGGUAUAGAAUUGGCGGCAGAGGACGAGAAAAACAGGCGGGAAAGGGGUCAAAGCUGGUCUAAGGUCGAUAACCAAGAUGAUGGAAAGGCUUAUGAGGAAUCUUUAAGUGAACAUCAUGCAGGAACCAAGAGCCACACUUCUUGGGGGACCAAAGUAGAGAAUAUAGUUGAAGAAGGGGAGAUGCUAGAUGAUGCUUCCCCAGCUUUGAAUAGCCGCAAGAGAAAAGCCGGAAGAUCGCCUGAUUGGCACUCCGACGGAAAGAAGUGGAACGAUUCUCUGUCUAAUAACCAUCACCAUGCUGUGGAAGAUGGAAACCGCAAGAAUCGCUCCGUUUACGCAGAUAGGGAGCUCAAGAGACAUGCCCAUGAGAAUCACUAUUAAACUCGAUUGCAAGGAUCCAGUUCUGUUAUAUUGUAGCCAUAGCAUGUGUAACCUGGGUAGUCCAAGUACUGAAGCAGUGAGAAGUAUACCAAUUCCGUGGAACAUACGUCAUCAUGAACAAUACAAACUGUCGAUGGAAUGCUUCACCUGCUAAACCUAGGAACUGGAGUAUUUACCACUUGAAGAAGGUGAGUGUUUACUUCAGGACAUUGUAAAGCUCAUAUUCUUGGCCGAGAUCAAGAAUUCGAGCAUGGACGCGUAAGCUUUCUCUUGCUUCCGCCAUUUUUCACGCAAGGAAGCCACGAGGACUGUUCUUUUGAUCGUAAUUAACAUUAUGUUUUUACUGUACUCUAGGAUCAUUAUGUGUUAUGCUUUUUGUGGCCAGUUAUAAGUGUAAUUUGGUUUAAAGUACUCGUUUUUCGUAGUUCAAUAUGUAAUUUUGGUCUAGGAUUCAAAUGUAUCUCAGUCAGUUGAUGCAUGCUCUGGGAAUUUCCCAUUUUGUGAUUCUUUUGGUGAUGGUAACUGUAUAAACUCAACAGGCAAGUUUUGUGUUUUAAAAUUAUUAGAAUGGUUGCCUUAUAAUAACC